UGUCGUCCAUUUGUAACUCUCCCGUGUUUUCCCACCACUUCGAACCGCCUUUUUGGGGGUGGUGGUGGUUCCUACAGAAAACGCAUCUUUUGCUCCUUAAUGGAACAGCUGGCCAAUAGCUUUUGAUUGCUAGCGCUCGGAGGCGUCCGUCUGGAAGCACCCUUUGUCUCCGAGAAAGAGCGUACGUGCCGUGCGCUGUGCUACAGCGGAGGCAACGCGCAGGGGCGGGGAGGGCAGUGGGGUCCUUCCUAUUGCAUCCCAGAUGGCGGCGGCCUCCUAGCGCUACCAAUCAAAAGGCAUUGUGCAGCUAUUCCGUCCUCCUCCCCCCCCUUUAACAGAUUUUCUGCAGCAAGAGGGGAGGGGAAGAAAAAGACGGAAGAAGCUGCGGGGAAAACACGGGAGGGUUCCAACUGGAAGAUGGCGCUGUCUGGAACGCUGUAAAAUGCCUUGAAGGAGGCAGGGCAGCUGCAUGAUCACAACUCGUCUGGAGGCACCACAGGUUUCUUUUUAACAGGAUCCUCCUCUCCAGUUCUCGGCAAAAGAGAAGGCUCAAUGUAUGCCUGACUCCUCGCUGAGGCACUUUCCGGAAAGGAAACACCUGGCCACCGUUUAAGACUGGAAAUAAAAUUACGGCGGCUGUUGUUAUGCUUCAAGGAGAGGCUGCCAUGGCAUCUGGGGCCCCCGUCAAGGAGCUCUGCGAAGAAGCGACUUGUCCCAUCUGCCUGGAAUACUUUAAAGAUUUGGUGAUAGUUGAUGACUGUGGGCACAGCUUCUGCAAAGGUUGCCUGACCCGGUACUGGGGGGAGUCUGCAGAUGCUUCCUGUCCUCUGUGUUCAGAAGCAGUUCAGCAACUGGAGGAAGGAGAGAGAACGGAAGGGGGCAUGCGUGAGAGGCACCAUGAGUCCCUGAAACUCUUGUGCAAGGAAGAGGAAGCUCUCAUUGGCUUGCUGCGUGAACGUUCCAGGGAGUCAUGGGAACAUAGUGACUUUCCCAUGGAUGAGGCGUCCCAAGAGUAUAAGAUGACUGAUAACGGCAACGCGGGCACCGGCAAUGGCCGUAAAGGCCGUGGUGUCUCGUGGCGGCACAAGGAAACCUUGGAUCUGCUGGACAUCUGGGGAGAGCAGAAGAUCCAAGACCAGCUCCGCAGCAGCCACCGAAACAUAGACUUCUUUGAAUACAUCGCCCAGGAGAUGGCCGCCCGAGGCCACCGCCGCACUGCGGUGGAGUGCCGCUCCAAGACCAAAGUUAUGAGGCUGGAGUAUAAGCGUGUGAUCGGUCACAAUUCCAGGCCCGGGAGCAAUAAGGUGACCUGCCCAUUUUACAAGCAGCUGCAUCGCAUCCUCCGCGGGGAUGCGAGUGUGAAACCCAAGCGGGUUUCCCGCAGCCUGAAUUUCAAGCGUGGGCCACGGCAGGGAGCUGUAGCCGACCCUCCGAGUUCAGAGGAACAUCUCUCCCACGAGGAUCUGCCCAUGAUUAACAUCGGGGAAUAUCUCAAAGAAGAGAGCCCUGACAACACCGGAGAUGGAAUGGUGUCUAGUAAUGGUGCUGAGGAGGAAAUGGCAGAGACAGACGGUAUUAACAUUAUACAAGUUGAUGAGGAAGCCAGCAAUGAAGGCAGUGGAAGAGAUCUGGAUUCUCAGAGACCCCAAGUAAGCCCUGAGGCUCAGGAUCCCCCAGACAACGUGGAUGCUGCUGCUGUUGCCACCAAUCCAAAGGCCUCGCUGCCUCCUGGAACCCGCCUUUCCAUGAUGAGGAGCAAGAAAAAGAGGGAUAGGGCAGAGAGCAUGUUCCAAGUCUUUAUGCAGCAGGCCAAAGACGAGUACAGGAUGGAGCAGGAGGAGAUGGGCCGUGACAGAGGCGUAUUGGAGAAGUUCUUGAAGGUGUUUGAGCAGGAAGCAGCAGAUAGCAGGGAGGAGAGAAGACAGUGUUUGGAGGCGAUGCGCACAAACUGCGACAUUUUGCAGGGCAUCGUCAGCAGCUUGAACAAGCUGACUGAUGCCAUUGUCAUCCAGCAACAAACCGGUGCCGGGAACCCAUCUACCACUCGGCACCCACUUCAUUCUGCUACUCACAAGGAGAAUUUACCGCACAAUCCCGUCCCUGUUGCGAGGAAUGUUCUGCCGCAAGAAGCGUUGCCCUCUCACCCUACCAGUUCUACCAGCACCCCACCAAAAAAUGGCCCGCGUAGACCCACGGCUGUGACUCACACGCCACCUAGGGUUAUGUGUAAUCUCGGGUAACGGAUGACCCUUUGGACUGUUAUUCCUAAAAGGUACUGCAAUGUGGCCUGGAGUUGGGCUUAGAGGGAAGCCACUAAUGGAUGUGUUUUCAAGGAUGUGGCCGUGGGAUGAUGCUCGACUCCUUUGAGGGGAAGGAGGCCAUUUGGAAAAAAAAAGACAAGAAGUGUAACAGUGCGCAUGUGCACUAUGAAGGAAGUCCCAUUAUAUGUAAGGUAGCUUUCUCCCUUUGUGUGCACUAACCUUGGCAGAUUCUAGAACGAUUCCCUUCCUGUUCCUUCUCAACGUUACGGUGGCUUCUCCUGGCAGCUAUCGAAGCAGCAAGGAGAAUCAACCUAAUAAAGAAUUAACUCCCACUGUGA